UAUUAUUCUACGAUAGUUUCUGUGUCAUGAGUUUAGCUCCGAGUUGCGUUUUAAAACUCCAAAAUGCGGCGUUACAUUCGUGCACUGAUGCUGUGCACAGUGUUUGCCGUGUUUUCGGGCUUAUACGUGUACAGUAAACUGUUUUACUCGGACGUUUCGGGCGGUGGGAACGGACCGAAGAGGGGUUUCAUCCCACAGAGAGUCCCCGGAGGCAGGCGAGGGGCCGCGGACAGAAUCGGGCCCCAAAACCCACACUGGUACAAUAGGUACAUAAUGCGUCAGCGGGGCAGGGUGGAGGCAGGUGGCGGCAGCGUUCAGAGCAGACCUGAACCUCCCAUGCACCUGGCCGUGGUGGCCUGCGGGGAGAGGCUGGAAGAGACUCUCACCAUGAUCAAGUCUGCUGUGCUUUUCAGCAUCAGGCAUCUGUACCUGCACAUCUUCGCUGAGGAUCAGUUACACGCCAGCUUCAUGGAAGCGCUGGAGUCGUGGCCUGAUUUUGUCCGCUCUACGUUCAACUACACGGUCUACUCCAUCAGCUUCCCCAGUGAGAACGCAGCCGAGUGGAAGAAACUCUUCAAACCCUGCGCUUCUCAGAGGCUCUUCUUACCUCUUAUCCUAAAAGACAUCGACUCGAUUGUGUACGUGGACUCAGACAUCCUCUUCCUGCAGCCUGUAGACCGCCUGUGGGCGUUCCUGUCCCAGUUUAAUUCCUCCCAGCUGGCUGCUAUGGCCCCGGAGCACGAGGAGCCCCGUAUCGCCUGGUACAACCGCUUUGCCCGCCACCCCUUUUACGGCAGGACGGGCAUCAACUCAGGAGUCAUGCUCAUGAACAUGACGAGGAUGAGGAACAUGUUCUUUAAGAACGACAUGACAGCUGUGGGGCUGCGUUGGGAGGAGCUGCUGAUGCCUCUACUUCAGAAAUACAAACUCAACAUAACCUGGGGAGACCAGGACCUUCUCAAUAUUAUUUUCCAUCACAACCCUGAGUGCUUGCUGGAGUUUCCGUGCCAGUGGAAUUAUCGUCCAGAUCACUGUAUCUAUGGCAGCAACUGUGCGUCAGCUGAAGAAGAUGGCAUCUACAUACUGCAUGGAAACAGAGGGGUUUACCACGACCACAAGCAGCCCGCCUUCAGAGCUGUUUACGAGGCCAUACAAAAGUACUCUUUUGGCGCAGACCCAGUGACUUCUUUGUUGGAUCCACUCGAAGAGGAGCUGUUGAAGACGACGCACACUUACUGUGGUAAAUCUUACCCACUCCUCACCAAGAGACUGGCACACAGCCUGGCAAACAUCAACAGAAAGGCCCCGCGAGGACGGUGACAAAACUGAAUCACAAUGAUGGGACGGAGGCCAAAAGGAAAGACUGUGUCUUAAACCUCACAAGCUUGGACAGAAAGACUUUACUGUGACUGGACGCACAAACUUUUCCUUCAGCAAGAAACUGGACGUACUACUUCAAAUCAUAAAAGCACAACGCUGCUUCGAAAAACAGGGUUUUGAUAAAACAAAAAAUGCAACCACUACUCUGUAAACAUGUUUUUACCCAGCAAACUGGUCAAUAACAAUACACCUGAGUUGUCCAAAGAUGCAUUUGUGGACAACUAAUGAGUGGAGCUUUUAGUUAAUUUUGGUUAACAGCUGCUCCAUAAGACAGUUGGUUUUGUCUCAAACUGAGACCGCUCAUCUCUCGUAAAUUGCUCUGAAAAAGAGUGUGAUGUAAAAGCUUGAAAUCUACUGCAAAUGUUGCAAAGGUCACUCGGCCUUGUAGCAAAAUACUGAACUUAGCAGAGAAACAAAUUUACCACAGAUUGACACAUGGAUUUUUCCCAGGUGUUUAAAAUAUAGAUUUCAACAACAUUUUAGAUUUUACUGACAGCUGAGGAUUUUUCUUUCUUGAAAACAGCAAGCAUCCUCUCUCUUAUCUCUUCCAUGUCAUAAUGUUCUCCUUUCCGUGCAUUUGCUUACUGACUAAAGGUGAAAAAGCCUCACGGAGAAAAAGAUGCAUAAAAGUUUGGAAGAGUACCUGUUGACUUUCCAUAUUGGAGAAUUUACCGACACUCUUAUUAAGAGAGACAAAAGAAUCAUACGAGAACUGAACAAAGGCUUUCAGCAGGGCCCGUUUUUAAAGAACUGUAUGCACUGGACCACUUUUUCAACAUUCAGAAACCAUUUCAACGCCAACAAGAUUGAAGAGAAGCGUUUUCACAGGACAUGAAUGGAAUAAUAACAAUCAUUUCUGAGUUUGUAAAGUUAUUAUGUCAGCAGUUACUGGAAGAUGUGAGUUUUUCUAACAGUGGCAGGGACAGAGCAUAUGGGAACCUCUAUUAGAGUACUGCUUUCCUGAGUUACGUUUUGUCCAUAGAAAUAGAACAAUAGUACUGUGGACACUGCCGUUAAAUCAGCGUAGCAGAAUAAGAGUGGCGGCUGUUUUUGUGUAUUGUUGCCAUUGCAACUGUUGUUCUAUUGUAGCGGGCAAACUUCCGCAUAAAUAAAUGAAAAAAUAAAAUAAAAAAAUGACUUGCAGCAAGUCUCUAACUCACUAAGGUGAGUUUUUUUAGUUAUGACCAAACAAGCAGUGGAGUGUUACAUUUCAAAAUAAGCAACCAGUUCAUUUUUUAACCGUUCACUAACAAAACUCACCAAAACCACCUUAUUUUGUGUCUGUGUAGUUUGGAUGACGUGUUUCAUGAGUUAACAAGACAGUUAGGUCCCUGUUAUUCUCAGUUUGGUGAAAGAGAGAAACUUGGAUUGUUGUACGGUUGUAUUUCUAUGUUUCUAAGCAACAAUCGUCUUCUUUUUUAACGGUUUGAUCACGGUUAACAGCUCAAUGUCUUUGUGAUUCAUGAUGUUUUUAUGGUUCUGUCCUUUUUUUUUUUUUAAUCUGUUACACAGGUUACCUCAACCUGAAAAAAAGCUCAAUGGGGGGGUCAUUCAAAUAGUCAUAGGUCAUUUUUAUGUUGUUUAAUGUCAGUCUAAAAUGUUGUGAUUUGGGGUCAUUUGAUGCAAUGCAAACUUUUGUUUCUGUGUUUAAGUUAAUGCAUUUCUUUGUUUCUGGCACACUGCUGAAUAAUUGUAUGUUUUGUACUCAUUUUUUUAAAAUUAUUUUUGAUAAAAGCAUGUCUGGCCAAUGUACACAUGCAGAUAUGCUAAACACGGGUUAGUUUACAGUACAGCCAGGGUACAUCAUGUUAAAAGAAAUGCUGUCAAACAUGUGAAUAAGCUAUAAGUUCCUCUCCUGAUGCCAAAGCUUUUCUUUUUAUUACUAUUAUGGGUUUUACACCAUUGAAUGUAUUUUUAACACUAAGGGUUGAAAUCAAUUUGUUUUUUAUUAGUACUUAUGUUGGUAUGGUUUUAAUAUGAGGAUAUUCUCUGUGACAUGUUUACUUGCUGAUGUGUAUGUGUUGUUUUUGUGUUUUUGUUUGUUUUAAAAUAAAGAUCACUUGAGG